GCCCAGAGCUCAUUCAUCGCCCCUGACCUUCCUAUAUAUCACCCAUGCCUUCCUUCUACCUCGCCACAAGGUGAAGUUGAAUCAGACGUCUGUCUCUCAUCCAUCGAUCCACUCGAGGUGAGCGAAUGGCUUUCAGGAGAAUAAUCAAGGAGCUCAAGGAUCUGCAGAAAGACCCACCAACUUCCUGCAGUGCUGGUCCUGUGGCAGAUGACAUGUACCAUUGGCAAGCCACAAUUAUGGGGCCUAAUGACAGCCCCUAUGCAGGUGGACUCUUCAUUGUCACCAUCCACUUCCCACCGGACUAUCCAUUCAAGCCUCCCAAGGUGGCAUUCAAGACCAGAGUCUUCCAUCCAAACAUCAACAGCAAUGGCAACAUCUGCUUGGACAUACUGAAGGAUCAGUGGAGUCCAGCACUGACCAUCUCGAAGGUGUUGCUAUCCAUUUGUUCCUUGCUCACUGACCCAAACCCUGAUGAUCCACUGGUUCCUGAGAUUGCUCAUAUGUGCAAGAAUGACCCUUCAAGAUACGAAUCUACUGCUCGCAAUUGGACCCAGAAAUAUGCCAUGCUUUGAGCCACAAGAAACAUCCUUCUUGUCAUGUAAUAAGUUUAAGGACAUUUUUUAGUAGGUCAUGUUGAAUUAAGACUCUCUCUCUCUCUCUCUCUCUCUCUCUCUCUCUCUCUCUCUCUCUCUCUCUCUAUAUAUAUAUAUAUAUAUAUAUAAAGAUUGGAGUAGAAUAAAACAAAGUUGUGUUCAUUGCUAAAUUACAUAUAAAAGGAAUAAAAAGAAUUGUUACAGAUAUCAGUCAGAUUGAUUGUUCA